AUGGGUCUCUUUAUUCCACAAGACAAGUUACAAAACUUGAAACUAUAUAAAUAUUCAUCAGAAGAUCAAUCAUUAAUUACAAAAUAUUUAUUAAAAAGUUGGUGGAAUACAUUUGUUAAAAUAUUUCCAUUAUGGGUAGCACCAAAUGUAAUUACAUUAGGAGGUUUAGGAUUCGUCAUUGCUAAUUUAUUAGUUGUAUUUUAUUAUGAUCCAUAUUUGAAUUCAGAAUGUCCAAGAUGGUGUUAUUUCUUUUAUGCAUUUGGAUUAUUUAUGUAUCAAACUUUUGAUGGAUGUGAUGGAUGUCAUGCUAGAAGAACUGGACAAAGUGGUCCUUUGGGGGAAUUAUUCGAUCAUUCUAUUGAUGCUAUAAAUACAACAUUGGGGGCUAUUAUCUUUGGAUCAGCUUUGAAAUUGGGAUAUGGUCCAUUAUUAAUGACUUCAUUAUUUGCUCUGACUUGUAAUUUUUAUGCAAGUACUUGGGAAGAAUAUCAUACUCAUACUUUAUUUUUAAGUAAAUUUAGUGGACCGGUUGAAGGUAUCCUUAUGAUUUGUGGUGUUUAUAUCAUGACUGGUAUUUUUGGACCUGAUCUUUGGAAUCAAGAAUUAUUUAAAUUGGAUUUAAGUUUCAUUAAUUCUGAUUGGAAGGUUGUCCAUGUUAAUACUUCAAUUAUUUAUGUUAUACUUGGAAUUUCAUCAUUAUAUUUCAAUAUCAUUUCGGCUAUGCAAAAUGUUAAAGAGCAUUAUGAAUUAAAAUUCCAUCAUAGUGAAAGAUCAGAAGAAGGGGCUGAUAAUGCAUAUCAUGGUUUAUAUCCAUUCUUUAUUUAUUGGACAAGUGUCAUCUUUUAUAUUUGGUGUUUUCCUCAAGUUAUGACCGAUUAUGGAUUCCCAUUGGUUAUAUCAGUUGGAUCUACAAUUGCCUUUUCAGUGGGCAGAAUGAUUUUAGCUCAUGUUACUUUGCAAAAAUUCCCAUUUAUUCAAUAUCCAAUGUUUGUUCCCAUGGGACAACUUAUAAUCAGUAUGGUAUUGAUUAAUAUUUAUAAAUAUAAUACUGAUAAAGUAUUGAAUAGUGUAAGUUGGUUAGGUUGUGGUCUUUGUAUUGGAAUUCAUGCAUUUUUCUUUGCUGAAAUUAUUCAUGAUAUAACUGGUUAUUUGGAUAUUUACGCAUUAUCAAUUAAACACAAGAGAGCUUGA